GGAUUCUUAUUCACCGCACCAACAUUUCAUUUUAUGUAAACCCCACAUCACAUUCGAGAUUGCCGCACAAUUUUUUUUCCUUUUUCUCGAUUUUAACUCAUCGUUCCUUUUCUCCCUCUCUUCUUUUUUUUUUUUCUUUCUCAAAGCAAUUUUCUUUUUCAUUAAUGAAUGCUAUGUAGAUCCUCAACAGUAAGACGUCAGCAGUUUUGGAUAAUAUCCAUAAACUCUGCUAAUGAGGUUUAUCUGCUAAAAGAGUCUUGGAUGAAAUUCUAGCUUAAUUAAGGGGAAGAAGAAUUGGUAAUGGCUGAAGGCUGCCUUCAUCUCUCUUUGAAGCAGUUGAUCAAUUUUGUUCCGCUCUUGCUUCUCCCUCUAUGUUUCUGCGCCACAAACAAGCCUAAUGUUGAAGGUCAAGCAUUAAUCGAGAUUCUAGAAGCUCUUAACGACUCCAGCCAUAGAAUUAUGGAUUGGGAUAGACAUUUUGUGAGCCCUUGUGACAGUUGGUCUCACAUUACCUGCAGAAACGGACGUGUAGUAACUCUGAGCUUGCCUUCUAAUGGAUUCACAGGCAUUCUUUCACCAUCUAUUGCCAAAUUAAAAUUUCUCGAGAGCUUGGAUUUGCAACACAACAAUCUUUCUGGCACAUUGCCUGAAUCUCUUAGCAGCCUUUCAUAUCUGCAGAACUUGAAUUUAGCUGACAACAACUUCAAAGGCUCCAUUCCCGCUUCGUGGGGCCAGUUUCCCGAGCUCAAACAUCUGGUUGUGAGAGGAAACCACUUGACUGGAUCUUUACCAGAAUCACUAACAAACAUCACUGGCUUAUUGGAACUGAAAUAUUUUGAUGCUCGCAGAGACGUCUCUUCCAAUGAUCUGACUGGAAAAGUUCCUCAGGGACUGUUUUCCUUACCAACCUUCAACUUUACAGCUACUCAUCUCGCAUGCGGAGGUAACCUCAAACAACCUUGUGUCUCAACCUCCUCUGUACCAGUUUAUAAGAGAAGAUCAAAGGUUCAGGUUCUUGUGACUGCAGCAAGCAUUGGUGCAUUCUCCCUCCUCCUGCUCGGAGCUGUCAUUGGAUACCAAUCCCGUCGCUUGCGUAAGCCCAAAGAAGUAUUUGUUGAUGUGGCCGGAGAUGACGAGCGGGAGAUAUCGUUUGGGCAGAUCAGAAGGUUCUCGGCACGGGAAAUACAGCUGGCGACGGAUAAUUUUAGCGAGAGCAACAUAAUCGGGCAAGGAGGGUACGGCAAAGUAUACAGAGGAGUGUUGAUGGACAACACAAGAGUUGCGGUGAAACGGCUGAUGGACUAUCGCAGCCCCGGCGGCGAGGCUGCCUUUAUACGGGAGAUUCGUCUAAUCAGCAUCGCCCUUCACAAGAAUUUGCUCCGCUUGAUCGGAUUCUGCACCACCCCAACCGAGAAAAUCCUCGUUUAUCCAUUCAUGCACAACCUCAGCGUCGCAUAUCGCCUCAGAGAGCUCAAAGCAGGGGAGAAAGGCCUCGACUGGGCCACGCGAAAACGCAUCGCUUUUGGGACCGCGCACGGCCUAGAGUACCUGCACGACCACUGCAAUCCCAAGAUCAUUCACCGCGACAUGAAGGCUGCAAACAUUCUUCUCGAUGAUGAUUUCGAACCUGUGCUAGGAGAUUUCGGACUCGCCAAACUAAUGGACACCAAAGUGACUCAUGUAACCACUCAAAUACGCGGCACGAUGGGGCAUAUCGCCCCCGAGUAUCUGUCGACGGGAAAAUCUUCAGAGAAGACGGAUGUAUUUGGUUACGGUAUAACGCUUCUUGAACUGGUUACCGGGCAGCGCGCCAUAGACUUAUCUCGCCUCGACGAAGAGGAGGACGUUCUGCUCCUGGAUCAUAUCAAGAAGCUACUAAGAGAGAAGCGGGUGGAGGACAUGGUGGAUCACAACUUGAGGAACUACAACAGCACGGAAGUGGAGACGAUUCUGCAAGUAGCGAUGCUGUGCACGCAGAGUUUGCCCGAAGAUCGUCCGAAGAUGGCACAAGUGGUGAGCAUGCUGCAGGGAGUGGGACUGGCUGAGAGGUGGGCGGAAUGGGAGCAGCUCGACCAACUCAGGGCCCAAGAAGUCUCCCUCAUGCCUCACAACUUCAUGUGGGCUCAAGAUUCUACUCACGACCAACAACCCAUACAAUUGUCGCAAGCCAGGUAGUUUUCCCGUUGAGGGAAACUCCAAGGUUUAGCCACCACAAUCAGACAUCUAAUAUGCUAGUAUAUAAGACAAUUUUGAAUAUUUGCUGUUUGAUGUGAGGUAUCGUGUAAUGCCUAACUCACAUAGUAUGUAUAGUCAUUUUGUUUGGGAUUGGGUAA